GUUUUAAAUAUCGUGACGUUCUUCCGUCCUGGUUAAGACCCCUGUCAUUGAGAACUGUCAGUGAGAGCUAUGUAUUCGUGUGUUCGUGUUUUUGUCGGUCUCCUUGCGGUUUCCAGACUAUGCUGUGCAUACGAAAAUUUGGCUUUGAAUAAAAGUGCUGAACAAAGCUCAACAUUGCCCAGUCAGGCCGACGCGGGACCUAUGCGGGCGGUAGACAACAACACAGAUCAAAUACUCUCGUCUUCCGGUACAAAUUGCGCGCGCACAGAUGUUAGCAGCAUCGUCUGGUGGAGGGUAGACUUGGGAGAAAUAAGAAGCAUACACGACAUCCGGGUCUAUUACCGCAACGACAGCGAUGGAUAUGUUCAGAACAGAGUGUUGUCCAAUGCCGGAUUUUCUCUCUAUGUAUCAGACACUACAUGUGAUGGCUACACCGGGGGCCACUUGUGCUACAAAAAUAACGACACAUUGCCACAACUUGAAUCGGAUCACUUGUGUACACGUCAUGCACGCUACGUCACUUACUACAAUGAAAGAGGGGAAGGGGUAAUCCUCCCUCCUAAGGCGGAUCGAACUCAAUCCACCACCAUUGCAGAACUCUGUGAAGUCCAGGUGUUUGGUUGCACUGUUGGUAUCUACGGAGAAAAUUGCGAUAAAGAAUGUCCAAUCAACUGCCGGAACAAACAGUGUGAUAUAGAGACGGGGGCGUGUCUGCAGUGUAAUGAUGGAUUGAAAGGCGAACGGUGUGAUCAAAAUCUGACGAUUUUAAUGACUGUGUUUGCACCGCAGCAAGCAAAUCCCUCUUCGUCAUCCAAUACAACAUACAUAGCUGUUGCCGGUGGGUUGUUCCUCGCUUUGAUUUUCUCUGUUGGAACAACGAUAACACUCGCUCUCACUUUGCGUAAACUGAAAGGGAGGCAGGCAAAUAAUUCUACAGAUUCACCGACCACAGAACAGAGCGGAAAUUACGUCAGUGUUAUAGGAAUAAGAGACUCUGGUCAUCAGUAUGCACAUUUGGGAGUGAACAGAACAGAUUCUCAGGAUUGGAGGGACUCCAACCAAUAUCUCCGUAUCAUAUGACUCGAUCAACCAAUAUCUCCGUAUCAUAUGACUCAACCAAUAUCUCCGUAUCAUAUGACUCAACCAAUAUCUCCGUAUCAGAUGACUCAACCAAUAUCUCCGUAUCAUAUGACUCAACCAAUAUCUCCGUAUCAUAUGACUCAACCAAUAUCUUCGUAUCAUAUGACUCAACCAAUAUCUUCGUAUCAUAUGACUCAACCAAUAUCUCCGUAUCAUAUGACUCCAACCAAUAUCUCCGUAUCAUAUGACUCAACCAAAUAUCUCCGUAUCAUAUGACUCAACCAAUAUCUCCGUAUCAUAUGACUCAACCAAUAUCUCCGUAUCAUAUGACUCAACCAAUAUCUCCGUAUCAUAUGACUCAACCAAUAUAUCCGUAUCAUAUGUCUCCAACCAAUAUCUCCGUAUCAUAUGACAAUCAAUAUCUCCGUAUCAUAUGACUCAACCAAUAUCUCCGUAUCAUAUGACUCCAACCAAUAUCUCCGUAUCAUAUGACUCAACCAAUAUCUCCGUAUCAUAUGACAACCAAUAUCUCCGUAUCAUAUGACAACCAAUAUCUCCGUAUCAUAUGACUCGAUCAAUAUCUCCGUAUCAUAUGACUCGAUCAAUAUCUCCGUAUCAUAUGACUCAACCAAUAUCUCCGUAUCAUAUGACUCACUUUGUCAUCAAUGAACUGUGCUUAGUCAAAGGGGGAAUAACACACCUGGAAAAAAGCUGUGCUGGAUGAAAUGCGGAGGGUCUGUGCAAUGAUACUUUAAAAUUGAAAAUCUAAAAAUUUACUAUUUUAGUUUAAAAACUGUAAGUUUAGUACAACGUAACCGGGAGAAAUGAAACACCCUUUGGGAUAUCUCGAGAUGGUCAGCAUCGCAUGCUAAUCCACGGAGUUCCCCGGCCAGGCAAUAAUACUUUAGAAGGACAUGGGAUAUAUUGCUGUUAUUCAUUUGACCAUUUGUGUUUUAAACUUCUAGGAAAAUAUACUGAAUCUGUAGAAAGUGCCUAUCCUCUAAAUUCUUUUAUAAAUUCAUUCAGUUCAAAUUUGAAAAUUAUGGCGUGAGGAGUUGGCUUUCUCCCCAACUUUUUAUUUAAAAAUGAAUAUUGUAACAUCGUCAUCUAUUCGCCACUUACUGUAGUUUAUAGUCAUUAGUAAUCUCGCUACAAAUUCAUUACUAUUUUUUUCAAACCCAUACCUGUCAAAUCUGAAAGGAAACAUUUUGCUUUGGAACUUGCAUUAUAAUGUGACAUGCAACAUUGAUUUUAUCUCACAAUAUUGUAAAUUCAUUGUGCUCUAAACAUUAUGGAGUUGUUCCCCCUUAUAAUAGCAACCCAUGCAUUGGAAGGCUGCAUAUUGCUCGGUUCUCACGUGAACAAAUUGACAUCAGUUGGCACCUAGGGUAGCUGAAAUGUUGAAAACAGCGUGACAUCACAAUUCUUCCAUCUUGCAAUUCCUUAUUUUAUUAGGUGGAAUGAUACACCUGGUGAUUUGUCCUGUACCAAUUCCUCAUAUCUAUUUAUAGAAACAUUUGUAGUAACUCGAGAUCACAAGCAUUUGUCAUUAAUUUUUCAUAGUUUUUAAUUCAUUUUUUAAAGAAAAUUCAGUUUCAUCAAUUUUCAGAACUCCUCAUUUUGUCUUUUAAGAUUAUCUAUCCUGUGGAUAAAAAACGGACAAAUAACCUGUUCAUUGGAAUCUAGGCGGGUUUUUUAAUCACAAAUAUAUAACAAAGACUAAUGCUACAUGUAGUACAUUAUAUGAUAUAAAUGUCUACUAUUCAAUUCACUAUUUUAUCAUGUCCUGUUGUGACUUUAUUAGAAUUUCGAUUGCACACCUUUCGUAUGUAUUUGAUAGGGGCAUAGUGCAUUUGUAUUUGAGUUAUGUCCAAGACAGGAUGUAAAUACGACAUCGGCAAUAUUGACACGGUAUCAGUACGACAUCGGCAAUAUUAACAGGGUAUCAGUACGAUAUCGGCAAUAUUAACAGAGUAUCAGUACGAUAUCGGCAAUAUUAACAGGGUAUCAGUACAAUAUCGGCAAUAUUGACACGGUAUCAGUACGAUAUAGGCAAUAUUGACUCGGUAUCAGUACGAUAUCGGCAAUAUUGACACGCAGUAUCAGUAAGAUAUCGAUUAUUUCAUCUGUACUGGGUAUUGUACUGAGGCUGUUAUCCUAUAAGUUUGCAUAAUCGAUACGUUAUUGAUAUGGAUCAUGAUUGAUAACGAUAUCCUACCGAUAUCUGAUUUAGAAUGUUCAAGUUUUCUGUCUCGUUGAUACCGACGAUAUCGUAUCGAUAUAGAAUCAUUAUCGGGUUGACUAUCAUCUGAAUCAUGCAUGUCACUUUAGUCUUAGUCAAUCCUUCCUGUCGAUAUCGUAUCGAUUCCGAAUCAUGGCCGUUAAUAUCUUCCAGUUUUUUUUAUUUCGACGAUAUCGUAUUGAUAUCGAAUAAUGACCGUUGAUAUCCUUAACCUUGUUGAUAUCGACAACAUCGUAUUGAUAUCGAAUCAUGAUCUUGUUGAAUAUAGCGAUCAUGUGUGUAACUUUCGUAUUGGACAUUGUUUCCUGUUGAUAUUGAAUUCGCAUCGUUGAGAUCCUCCACUUUGUUGAUAUCGUAUCGAUAUCAGAUCAUUGUCUAGUUGCCUAGCACCAUCAUGUAUUCCACUUUCAGUUUGAGAUACUCCUUCCUAUGUUGUGAAUAGAAUAUGAAAUUUGAUACUGUUCGAAGGGUGAUUAAAAUGUUCAUGGUCUGGUGCCAUAUAAUGCAACACUUCUAGUAUGUUGGUCCCCAUAAAUGUGGGCCAUCGGUUAGGGUAAGGCGGUCCCCAUAAAUAUACCGUCUAAGCCUAAAUUUAACCUUAAACCUUACAUAUCAUUAUCGUACAUAACCCAUGAAAACAGUCGUAUAUAUGGUAGAUUAUAACUUUGUCAAUUGGCGAUAUGGAAACAAUAUCGUCGAUAUCGACAUCGUAGUUGGUCAUAGGAAAAGUGUGGUGGUAAACAUUAACUGUAAGAUGCCGAUAUCGACAGGAUAUCAUCAUGCUAUUGUCGAUGUUGACAUUAUAUUUGUCUUGAAUGUUGUAUUUCGAAUCACUAUCAUUGUUUUGUUAUCAUGUAUCAAGUGUAUCCUCUGUUGAAUUAUAAACUCGAUUUGUACUUCAUUUACCUUAAACAUAUGUGUAACUGUUUCCUAAGUAUCAGAUGAAGCCGUUUGUGUUAUAUUUAUACAAUUCAUACAUACCAGCAUUUCCUAUGAUAAUGGCCAUUUUAUUGUUCUUGACUGAUAAAUAAAUUUUAUCAUACAUA